AUGUCAACGCGGCUUAAUUUAUCUAUUUACAUCUUUUCUCAUUUUUUCCAACAGCCGGUGCUCUACUCCUAUUGGCGGAGCUCCUGCUCAUGGAGAGUGAGAAUUGCAUUGAACCUGAAGGAGAUACCGUACGAUAUAAAACCUGUGAGCCUGGUAAAGGGCGGCGGAGAACAGCAUUCCAACGAGUUCCGUGAGAUAAAUCCAAUGGAGCAGGUCCCUGCACUCCAUAUUGACAAUCACACGCUAAUAGAGUCGCUAAAUAUUCUGCAAUACUUGGAAGAGACUAGGCCGAAUCGUCCAUUGAUGCCGGCGGAUCCUGUCAAAAGAGCUAGAGUGAGAGAGAUUUGCGAAGUAAUUGCCAGCGGCAUACAGCCGUUGCAAAAUCUCGUUGUUCUAAUCUACGUUGGAGAGGAACGUAAAAAGGAAUGGGCGCAGCAUUGGAUAACUAGAGGAUUUACAGCCGUGGAGAAAUUAUUAUCGUCGAGCGCGGGCAAAUACUGCGUCGGCGAUGAGAUUACGUUAGCGGACUGUUGCCUGGUGCCACAGAUAUUCAACGCGCGAAGGUUUCACGUGGACCUGAGACCCUUCCCCACGAUUCUGAGGGUGGAUCGUCACUUGGAGCACCAUCCGGCCUUCACCGCGGCUCAUCCCAACAACCAGCCCGACUGUCCACCCGAGGCGACCAAGUAGCAAGCGAGGCAGACCACCCUUUUCCUCUUCUAAAUUCUUUAGAGGGGCGAAGAGAGGCUGGUCUCGUAUUAUGUAGUUUCAUAGUGACAAAAGGUGAAUAGAAUUUAUUCAUAUAUUUGUUUAGAUAUAUUUCACGUAUAUUUACAGAUAUUUCUAUGAAUCAUUUAGUCAAUUUUGAUUAAAAUUUUCCUUUUAUUUUUUAAAUAAAAAUACAAUCUAGGAAAAAACAGCUAAUUGCUAAAUUAAAGUAUAGCGCGUUUUGUUAUAAUAAUUGAUUUUUUAAUAUAUGAAUGGGUCCAAUAACACAGCGAAUACUUGAGAGGUUUAUUUUGAUCCUUACCUUAUCAGUCGAUGAAUUGCGCUAUUUUGAUAAGAGUAUUUAUACUUCAAAAAAAUUGUCUGGUAGAUUGCACCUUUUAUCACUUAUGAACUGCGUAUUGGUACUAAAAUGGUUAGCGGCGCAAUAGAAGCAAAUAUCGAAACGGUGAUUUUAAUUUUAUGUCAUGUUAUAUCGUACUCUAAUGCUGCUUAUUUUAAAGUAAAGACACUCGCGCCAUUUUUGUACCUAUAAAGAAACAAGAAAGAAGAGCGAUAUUGGCCUAUUUUUUAAGUUUUGUUACGUUUUCUACGAUUUUACAUAAUCAAUCGAAAUUUAUCUUCACGCGAUAUUUUUACACGAUAUUUUAUAAAGAUAUAUCGACCUAUUCUGAAUAGGUUCUGUUGAAAUCAAAAGUUUUACUUUUUAUAUACUUAUUACAAUUAUGUUUUAUUUGACUUGCUUGAAGAGCGUAAGGAAAAGAUGUUGCUAUAAAAUCUUAGUGAAUACCCCAAAAUCGUUGCUGGUACGUAGAAUAGCGAUUCGUAUUUACGUAAUACGAAGUACAUGCCAACAAAUUCAAAACUUGAAACGUUCAAAUUCGAAGGGAAACGUGUAAUAAGGAAAUGCGCUCUCUUUUUCUCUUUGCUCAGUAUCUUCCAAAAUACUAACAUGUAAAAAAAAGUACAAAUUGCAUAUUUUUUUUAUAUUCCAAUUUUAGCGUAUAUUAGAUAUGUUCGUUUUAUUCGACACUCGUAUUUUUCUAUAUCGUUAUCGUUUAAAGUAAUUUAUUAGUUUUUUAUUAUAGCAACAUUUUAUAUAUAUAUAUAUAUAAAACAACAUUAUUACACUCUUUUUUAGCUAUAUAGGCAUUUUAUACUUUUUAAAAUUCUUAUAAGAAGAAAUAUGAAUAGACAAUUAUUAAAAGAUAAUAGUUUUGUUUUUAUUUCUUAUAUUUCGGGAAAUUUUAUUAAAAUUUUCACAGAAAGUGUGAAUAAAACAAACAGAUCUAUUGUAAUCCUUUUUUUAUACAACGAUUUGUAGCAUAUCUUUUUAUAAAGAAGUUUUUAAUUUUAAACAAUUUCUGCGAAAAAAUAAUGUACCGAACUUUUCCAUAUCUGCAUUUUCUAAGACGCAUUUGAAACACAGACUUGUUAUAUAACUGUAGUUAGAUAAUCUGUGAUUUAAAUUACGUUGUGUAGAACUGAAGUGACUUCAGACGAUGCUGCGAAGAUUAGAAUGUGCCAUUGAAAUGCCGUUUUACAUAGUACAAUCGCGAACGGUUUCAAACGCAAAGGAGAAACGCGUGUCGGCGCUAACAGAAUCAAAGUAUAUAUUUAUGCUCUGGCGAAUAGUUUUCCGGUUCGAGUGUAAUGACAGAGAUACCGAUAUUUUUCACGAAUCUUUUUAUAGAAUCGCUCAUUGUAAAGCCGCGUUAUUAUACAUAGUCCUUGUGUGCUUCGAAAAAUUUUAUGCGCAAACGUACGUUUGUCAAAAGUCAAGUCUUGUAGAUAUCGAACACGACUGAUCUGAAGCUCGAUAAUCAAAUUUCACUUGGCAUUCUUCCUUAUUGCCGCGUUAUCCUUUCUGUCCUUGUUUUAUAACACAACGCGUUAUGACAUGUGCAUUCGAAAUCACAUGUACAACAUUGAUGAUUUCCCGCGCACGUUGUAACUGCCUUUUCGAGACUUUGACGAGUACUUCUUCCAUGUAGCCUCCAGCCUUCGCCAUUUAUUUUUUUAUAGGAAAUAUAGUGUCGUGUAACGAAGGUAUUCUUUGUGCGCUUUCUAAUAGAGGAUAUUAAGGAUUGAAUAUAUAGGAUUAUCAACAAUUUGUGAAAACGUCGUCCGACAUAUGCUAUUUCGGGACGAGUAAGAACAUGCAUUCCAUGUCUAUACAUGCACAAAUACGCAGUCACACAUAGACGUAUAUUAAUCUACCGAGUGAUUAGAUAAUGUAUAUAAUCUUUAUAUGAACCAUCCCCGUCUCAAACCCGCUUCACAAAUGUUUAUAAUAUCGACAAACGUAAUCGAAACUGACUGAACUCUCAUGUAUGUUUGCUUCGUUUUGAUAACUGCGCUUUUUGUGAACGCUACAUGAUUCGAUUAUAAGAGUGUGAGCGAAUUAAAAUUUUCGCUGUCGACUUUAAGCAUAAUUAAAAAUUAAUGUGAACUGCAUCUCGCAUUUAAAUGCAAUCUAGCGUCUUUUUUUUUGUUUCUGUCUCGCAUUUCUCUGCACAAAUCAUAAAAAUCUGUAAAAGUGACAAAUAAUAAUUAAGGCGACAGAUUUUGUCAAAAAACAAGCUGUUAUUCUAAUUAUCAUUCUUGUAUGAUAUUAAAAUGUUUUGAUAAUAACUGCUCACUUAGAAUCCCUAUGAUAUAUUUAUGAAAAGUAUAAAAGCGAUUCUGUAAUAAAAUGAAUAAUAGACAAUAUUUAUAUUGUGCAACGUGAAUCGGUCUUUCUUACACAUCGCUCACUCUUAUUCAGUAUGUUUCGAUUAUAAUUUAUUUCGAUUUUAUGAAUGAGACCGACUAUGUUUCACUUUUAUAAUAGUAUAAACCGACUGCAUACAUAUGCAUUCAUACUACUGCAUAAUUUGACGAGAUAAAUAGCAAUAAACAUAUUAAUAACUCUCCUGUCAUAUAAUGGUCUGAAAGAAAUUUUUUGUGAAAGGGUGCGUGAGAUCGUUAAGUAUGAACAAUUGAGAGUGUACAAUAAAUAUAGCGAUUGAUAUGUCGAUUUGAAAAACGGUAUGGAGCGCAUAGAUACUUUAUAAGCGAAAAAGAAUGAUCAUUGUAUGUUUACACUGCUUAUAGCGAAUAAAAGAUUCAUGUGUCAAUAGUGUAUGUAUAACUACUUCGUAGUAGUUGCGAAGAAGAUCAAAACAGUAAGUGCAUUCGUAAUUGUACACUUAUUAUCGGAAUAAAACUACGUUUUGUCUGUA